AUGUCUGCGUCCAACCACGACAACGAAGAGCUCCCGGCUCUCAUUCAACAUCCUGAUUAUUACAUCGAGGGAGCCGAUCUGUCCUUCCUUGCUGAGCGCACCCAGUUCAAAGUACAUCGCUAUUUCUUUGAACGGGAAUCACCGUACUUCCGCGCACAGCUGGAAAUACCAGUAUCUGCUGGGGGUGCAGCUAGUAAGGGAUCCAACAGUUCAAACGCGAUCGUCCUUUCGGGCGUAAAAGCAACUGAGUUCGAGCUCUUUCUCUGGGUCUUUUACAACCCAACAUACUCGUUGUAUAAGAAAACGGUGGUAGAAUGGGAGGUGAUUCUCCGACUGGCUGAGAAAUGGACAUUUUUAGAAGUCAAGAAUCUCGCUGUACGUGAGCUCGAGAAGUUGACGAUUUUGGAUGUCGACCGGAUUGCAAUAUAUCAAGCCCAUAACGUGGAUCGCAACCUUCUCGUACCCUCCUACUCCCGGCUCUGCGAACGUGCCGAACACUUGAACGUUCCAGAGGGACUCCGGCUUGGAAUGGAAACGACAAUUUCCAUUGCGAAUGCUCGUGAAGUAGCGCGACGGCCCGCCACGUGUGCCAGCGGACCGAAAUUGGAAGCGAUUAUCCGCGACCUAUUCGAUAUCAAGCUUGAAGGUGGCCCUGCUCGUGAUAACCAAGCCAGUCACAACCCAGAGGGGCAUAGUAAGGAAAACCGCCUCAAGGGCGUCAACGGCGGAGCUCGAGGCGAGGGGAACAGUGGACAGCAUGGGCAUACUAAACCCGACAAGAAGUGA